AUGCCAGAAAAAGGAGGAACAAUUUCAUGGGACUACGUAAAAGCCUGCGAAAAUUUGGAUAAGAUCGGAUCUUAUGACUGGGCAAGGGAAGUUGGAAGCUUCUUAAAAAAGUCUAUAAAGACUUUGAAAAAGAAAAAGGAGUCAAGCAGCCCAUAUAGUAAUACAGGGGGCUGUGUUCUGAUAAUACUGCAAUAUUGGUUCUGCCAAAAGACUGGAAAAAUCAAGCCAAUAUCUGGAAGGGAGAACGAAGAUCAUGGGAUGAGAAAAUGGGACAUCCAGAAACUGAUAAAGAAUUGGCCAAGUUUUAACAGCUUGAAAAAAAUAGAGAAAAUCUUUGAAAACCUGAAGGAGGAUAGAGAGGAAUCAGAAUCCGAGGAAGAGAAGAAUAGAUCAGAUGAAGCAAAGAUAGUUCCGGAAGGAGAGGAAAAAGGAGCUGAUGAUCAGAAUUGUGAAAACGAAGAAGAUAACCUAGAAGUUGAGGUGGCUGAACAGGAAACAGCUUCAGAAAAAAACAAAUGGGAGAAAGAGCUUCAGAAAAAGGAGGAGAAGAUAAGAUAUAUGACUGCAGAGAAAGAUAAUUUGAAGAAAAAGCUGAAUGAAAAGGAACAGGAACUAAGGAAAAUCACAGAGGACAUGGUGAAUCUGGAGGAACGAAAUGCUAUACUUGUGACCAAGAAUUUCUGCCUUGCUUUAUCGGUGAAGGAGUUAGAGAUAAAAUUGAAGGAAUUGGAGCAAAUGUUGAGCCCAAAGACUCGCACCUCAACAGCAGCUCAGCAGCACAACUCCCCACCUCCUAACUCAACAGAAGGAAAAAAUGAAUUAAAUGGAGCUGCAUCUAAGGCUGCUGAAAACACAAAAGAGAAAGAUCAAUUAACUAUUGAGGAAGUGGCAGAAGAAACUAAAUCGACACCUCCAUCACACAAGGAGUCACAGUUCCAGAGCCCCACAGUCCACAUGCUCACAGUGGCAGAAAUGGAACAACAAGCUGACAAGUGUCAGAUAGUGAAAAGUCCUAUAGUUGAAGAAGCAUUUCAACUUCGUACGUUGAGCAUAGAGAAAGAGAAGAAGACACCAGAGCAGAGCCAAAGGGGAGAGUUAACAAUGCACCUUACAGAGCAACAUUCCGGUGAAACGGUAUCAUCAAUGGGUCUCUACUCUUACAUUGUGAGAUUAAAGAAUAGGAGAAGAACACAGAAAAAGGACAACAUUUACUGGUGGGGAGAUGUGAAAGCAAAGGAGAUUGAAUAG